AUGGCCAAACCUCCACUUCGGCCUCCCAGUGGCCGACGUGGAGGAUCCAAUAAAUCCAUGCUCACCUGGGCUAUCCUCCUCCUCCUGAUUGCUGCCGCUCAAUCUCAAUCUCAAUCCCUCCCUCAAUCCGACUCCGUCCAGAGAAUAGUGGCCGCCACCCAAAGUCUUCACACAGAGUCGAGUCAUCGCCCGAGGCCUGGCCGCAGUCCAGCAGAGAUCCCUCUCCUCAACAACGACGUGACAACCGUCAACAAAUUCCGAAGUACCGAUGAAUCCCCCGAAAACCACAAACUCCAUCCUUUGGCUCCAGCUCACGACUAUCGUGAUGUUGUUCGAGCACCACUUGUCCAGCCUGUCGAGUCCUCUUCUGGUCUCUCUUCGCUUCAUUCAGCGCGGCUGCUUCAAGACUGGGAGGUGGAGAACCUGAUACUCCUAGCCACCAUAGAUGGCACAAUCCAUGCCAGAGAUCGAAAAACUGGCAUUGAAAGAUGGUCUUUGGGCAUUCCCAACAGUCCCAUGAUCGAAACCAUACACCACAAGCUGAAUCGGAGCCAUUUGGAAAGCUCGCAGUAUGAAGAUGACUACAUGUUUAUCGUCGAGCCCAGCAAAGACGGAAACCUCUUCCUUCAGCACAAAGACCCCAGAAUUGGUCUGCAGCGCCUCGGCGUGACCGUCAAAUCCCUCGCCAGCGAUGAGCCUACCAUCAUGGAGGAUCCUCCUUUGGUUACAAUCUCCAGCCAGAGAACCACCGCUUAUAUCGUCGAUGCUGCCACCGGCCACAUCAUCCAGGAGUUCGAUACAUUGGCACCUUUCAACACCGAUCAAAGCCGCAGCUGCCGGCGGCUGAGUGGUUUUGAAUUAGACGACCCCGCCUGCGAACCAUUGGGUGAGCUCAAUCUCGGCAGAAUUGAAUACACCGUCCAGAUAUCUCACAAGUAUACACGCCAAUUGCUCUGCACCAUCAGAUUCGCCGAAUGGCUGCCAAACAAAGCAGAUAGCGAUCUACAGGAUCAGUAUAUUGCCCCUCUCGACAGCUACCACAUUCAAAGUCUGUACAAUGGCCGUAUCAUUGGUUUCAACACUGAUUCGAUCCAACCUCGUGCCUUCAAAUUGGCCCUCGACACUCCCGUUGCUCGAGUUUUCGAUGUUGUCCGCCCCAUCGACAACACUGAACAGACUCCGAAAUUGGUCCUUUUGACACGUCCCUCGGACACAGCCCUUGUCUCUUCCCCAGAAGUCUGGCGUAAUGAAAUGCAACGAGCUGACCGCGUCUUUGUCAACAAAACCGAGACUGGCGUGUGGUAUGCAAUGUCUGAGCUCUCCUACCCGGGUGUCACCAGCGGCGCUGCACCAGCUAGCUCUCACUGGAAUUAUGAAAUUCUUCCCCUGGAUUUCGAUGGAGAUCUCGAUGAGAUCGUCGGUGUCCAUGUUCUCUCUCAAUCUCAAACCGGUUCGCCAUUGCGUUUGACCAUCUCUCCUCCGCCGCCCAAGGACUUGGGUGAAGAGUGGGAGAGAAACAUAAUCGAUCAAAAGCCACCUUCACCGCUGCUCCCUACCUUGAGCCAUCCAUUGUUAUCGGUCUUCAACAUCAUUGUUGUCAGCAUUUUGAUCUUUAUUUGUGGAGUGCAGUUGAAGCAACCUCUGAUGUUGAAGUUGCAGCGGCUCCUGAAGAAGGCUGGUGUCGAGAUUUCCAUCGACAAAUCCGCAACCGUAACAGCCACCCAGCCAUCGCAGCCCCUUAGCGAACAGAACCCACCAGUCGCCAAUGUGUCGGAAGAGAAGGAUGCUGCGGAAGUGGUGACUGAGGUUGUGGAACAGAUCACGACCCCGGCCAGAAGCCGCGCGCAGAGUUCAGUCGUCACCAUUGCCAGCCCUGUCAAAGGUGCUGUCAAAAUACCCGAAAAUAAUGAGGAAAGCUCUGAUGGUGAUUCCGAAGACGAAAAAGGAAAGCAAGAAAGUGCAUCUGGUGAGCCAACAGAAAAUGGUGUGGUGCCGCGUAAAAGACAAGCGAAACGUGGCAAACGUGGAGGGAAGAAAAACAAGAAGGGCAAAAAGACCAUGGAUCCAGAAAUCAUGGAUGAUGAAAUUCUUACACCUGAAAUUCCUAUCAAAGAUGGACCUCUUCAGGUCGGUCGGCUAAGGAUUGAUACCAAGGAGGAAAGCUGUUUGGGUCGUGGUAGCAAUGGCACCGCCGUAUUUCCAGGGACUUUGGACGGCCGUGAAGUUGCCGUGAAGCGCCUGAUACGUUCCGCCAACAGCUUGGCCGCCAAAGAAAUCAAACAUCUACUCUCAAGUGAUGAGAAUCCCCAUGUUGUACGAUACUUCGGCAAAGAAGAAUCUCAACACUUCACCUACAUUGCACUUGAGCUUUUCACGACAUCUCUCGAUCAAUUCAUCGAACGACCCCUCCAGUAUCCCAAUCUGAUCAAGCUUCCGGAAGGGUUUGAUGUCAAAGACUGUCUUCGCCAGAUCACAGACGGUGUACAGCAUCUCCAUUCACUCAAACUGGUUCAUCGUGACAUUAAACCUCAGAAUGUCCUGGUCAAAGCUGUCAAGAGUAAUCGACCCUCAAAUGGUCUACCCAAACUUCAGUUUGUCAUCUCGGACUUUGGUCUUUGCAAGCCUUUGGAAGAAGGACCCGAGUCAACCUUUGCUCCAACUGCCAAUCACACUGCUGCCGGUACUACUGGUUGGCGUGCUCCGGAGUUGUUGGUCCAUUCUCGUGCUGCUCUGACUGCACCAGGUUCCACUUCAACAGCAUCGAGAUCAACUGUCCAUUCUAGUGAAGGUGUGGUUGAUCGUCCUUCAGGCCGUCGGGCAACGAAAGCCAUUGAUAUUUUCUCGCUUGGUUGUGUCUUCUACUAUGUCAUGACUCAAGGGCAUCAUCCCUUUGAUGUUGGGGGAACUAGUCUCGGUCGUGAUCUCAACAUCAAGGAGAACAACUUCUCCACAGACGCCCUCCGCCUCCAUGAUUACCAAUUUGAUGCCGAUGAUCUAGUGAUGCAAAUGUUGAAGAACAAUCCACGAGAUCGACCUGAUACACAAGAUAUACUUCGCCAUCCAUACUUCUGGGAUGUGGCUGACAAGCUGGAAUUCCUGUGUGAUGUUUCUGAUUGCUACGAAAGAGAGAAGAACUCGAUCAACAACAUCUUCGAUGACAAAGCCAUUCGAACCCCGGCAGAGCUAGCAUCCUUUGCUGAAUUGGCAGCGCUUGAGUCUCUGGCACCCAAUGUCAUUGGACCCUCGAAUGAUUUUCUACGGGCUAUUCCUCGGAGCUUCAUCAACGAGAUGGGAAAACAACGGAAAUACACAGGAUCCAAGAUGAUCGAUCUUCUACGUGUGAUCCGAAACAAGAAGAAUCAUUUCCAUGAUCUUCCCGACGAUGUCAAGGAACAGAUGUUGGGCGGAGGAGCCAAGGGUUACUAUGGAUUCUGGGCCAAGCGGUUCCCUAGUUUGUUGAUUAAUUGUCAUGCCUUGAUCAUCGAGAGGGGAUUAACCACAAGAUUCAGGAUGGAGCGUUAUUUUGAGGGUGGUCUAUAG